CCCACCGUCUACGCCGCCCCGACCUCAAGAACGAUGCCUUCCCAAAAGACUUUCCGCACGAAGCGCAUCCUCGCGAAGGCUGCCCGCCAGAACCGGUGUGCCCAUCCCCAGUGGUUCCGCUUGAAGUCGGACACGAAAAUCCAGGUGCGUAAUGUGCUCGUUCCACCCGCAGCAACUGUUAAACCCUGGCAUUAGUACAACGCCAAGCGCCGUCACUGGAGGCGCACGAAGCUCAACAUCUAAGCCAGCUUCCGUCUCAUCUGCCCUGCAUUGGGCCGCGCUCGUGGGGAGGGAGAGGGUAUUUGCAAGUCAUCGACGUCGCCACGCACCAGCUUACGCAUCAUGUACUCCUCCGCUAUUGGCCUAUGGCUGUUUCGCUGAAUAUUCGCAUGCUCCAUGACACUGUAUCAUUCUACUGCUGUGCCAGCUGAGCUGAUCAACGAGUGUUAUAAAAUC